UCUGAUCCAUCGUCCGACCCCUUCACGGACGAACCUCCUCGGUGCUCACUUUCAUCAUACAUAUAUUUACAUAUAUUUCAACAUAUAUAUAUUAUGUAUAUCAUAUUUACAUUACGUUCGAUUUGAUCAAUUUGAUCUUUGUCUUCUCUCACCUCCGGCUCCGAUUCAUCCCGAGGAGGAGGCUUCUUACACAUAUCAUCCAGAUUUGUCGUCGUCAAGAUGGCAUCAAAAGCUGGAGCCACGGGAUGGUUGAGAGGAAGAGUGAAAGCCGUUCCUUCAGGUGAUAGUUUGGUAAUAAUGGGGAGCACCAAGGCUGAGAUCCCCCCUGAGAAGACUAUUACUUUGUCAUCCCUAAUUGCCCCAAGAUUGGCUCGUAGAGGUGGUGUUGAUGAGGCAUUUGCAUGGGACAGCAGAGAAUAUUUGCGGAAGCUUUGCAUAGGAAAGGAGGUCACUUUCAGAGUAGAUUAUGCUGUUCCAUCCAUAGGUCGAGAAUUUGGCUCAGUUUUCCUUGGUGAUAAGAAUGUCGCGUUGAUGGUUGUUUCUGAAGGCUGGGCAAAGGUUAAGAUACCGGGUCAACAAAAAGGGCAAGUUAGUCCUUUCUUAACUGAACUAUUACGUAUUGAAGAACAAGCCAAGCAACAAGGUCUCGGACGUUGGAGCAGGGCACCAGGGGCUUCAGAGUCAUCCAUCAGGAACUUACCACCCUCUGCAAUAGGUGCUCCUAGUAAGUUAGAUGCAAUGGGCCUGUUAGCAACAAAUAAAGGUAAGCCCAUGGAAGCUAUCGUGGAGCAGGUUCGUGAUGGAAGCACUCUUCGUGUCUACUUGCUUCCAGAGUUUCAGUUUGUCCAAGUGUUUGUUGCCGGAAUCCAGGCGCCAUCAAUGGGAAGAAGGGCUGCAGCUGAAGUUGCUAUUCAAAGUGAAGUAACCCCUGGUGAACAAAAUAAAGAAGCUUCUGCUCAAUCUCGGGUUCCCUUAACAUCAGCGCAGAAACUUGCUGCCUCAUCGGUUUCCUCAUUUGAUGUUGCCCCAGAUUUUUGUGGAAGGGAAGCCAAACAUUUUACAGAGAUACGUGUAUUGAAUAGAGAUGUCCGUAUUGUCCUGGAGGGAGUUGACAAAUUUAGCAACUUGAUUGGUUCUGUCUAUUAUUCUGAUGAUGGAUCAGCAAAGGACCUGGCAUUGGAGCUAGUUGAAAAUGGUUUAGGUAAAUAUGUUGAGUGGAGUGCAAGCUUGAUGGAAGAUGACGCCAAGCGGCAGUUGAAGUCUGCAGAACUUCAAGCGAAGAAGGCCAGGUUGAGGAUUUGGACUAACUAUGUACCUCCGACUUCAAAUUCAAAAGCAAUUCAUGACCAGAAUUUCACUGGAAAGGUGGUUGAGGUUGUUAGUGGGGAUUGCAUCAUCAUAGCUGAUGAUUCUUUCCCGUUAGGCAGUCCAUUAGCAGAGCGACGAGUGAAUCUCUCAAGUAUCAGGUGUCCCAAAAUGGGAAAUCCUCGUAGGGAGGGAAAAUCUGCUCCCUACGCUCGUGAAGCGAAGGAAUUUUUACGAACACGGCUAAUCGGCCAUCAAGUGAACGUUUCAAUGGAAUAUUCCAAGAAGGUCCCAAUGGCAGAUGGACCUGCUGCUGCCUCUGGCACAAAAGAUACAAGGGUAAUGGAUUUUGGAUCAGUCUUCUUGGUAUCUCCUGUCAAGGCUGAAGGCGACAAUGCCUCCUCACCUGCUCUGCCUACUGCAGGCAGUCAGCAGGCUGGGGUAAAUGUUGCUGAGCUGGUGGUUUCCCGUGGCUUUGGCACAGUCGUUAGACAUAGAGAUUUUGAGGAGAGAUCAAACUAUUAUGAUGCCCUUCUUGCAGCUGAAUCACGUGCUACUGCUGGGAAGAAGGGGAUCCAUUCUGCCAAGGAUCCUCCAGUAAUGCAUGUCACAGACCUGACAACGGCUUCAGCCAAGAAAGCCAAAGAUUUCUUGCCAUUUAUACAACGAAGUAGAAGGAUGCCAGCCGUUGUGGAAUAUGUCCUCAGUGGCCAUCGGUUUAAACUAUUUAUUCCUAAGGAAACAUGCAGCAUUGCUUUUUCAUUUUCUGGUGUUAGAUGCCCUGGUCGUGAUGAGCCUUUUUCCAAUGAAGCAAUUGCAUUAAUGAGACGGAAAAUAAUGCAAAGGGAUGUUGAGAUUGAAGUGGAAACUGUUGAUAGAACUGGAACAUUCUUGGGAUCUUUAUGGGAGUCAAAGACCAAUAUGGCAGUGCCACUACUGGAAGCUGGCCUGGCGAAGCUUCAAACUACCUUCAACAUUGACAGAGUCCCAGAUGCUCACCUUCUUGUGCAGGCUGAGCAAUCUGCCAAAAAGCAGAAACUGAAAAUAUGGGAGAACUUUGUCGAAGGGGAGGAAGUUUCUAGUGCUUCAACUUCUGAAAGAAAACAGAAGUACCAGAAGGAAGAGAUGAAGGUAAUGGUUACUGAAGUCUUAGAAGGCGGAAAAUUUUAUGUCCAGAUAGUUGAAGAUCAAAACGUGGCAUCUAUUCAGCAGCAGCUUGCUGCUUUGAACAUUCAAGAAGCUCCUGUCAUUGGUGCCUUCAAUCCUAAGAAGGGUGAUGUCGUCCUUGCUCAGUUUACUGCAGAUAAUUCCUGGAACCGAGCAAUGAUCGUUAAUGCGUCUCAAGGAGCUGUUAAAUCUCCAAAUGACAAAUUUGAAGUAUUCUACAUUGACUAUGGAAAUCAAGAAGUGGUUCUUUAUGGUCAAUUACGACCACUUGAUCCCUCUGUGUCCUCUGCACCUGGCCAUGCUCAGCUUUGCAGCCUUGCGCAUGUAAAGAUCCCAGGCUUGGAGGAGGAUUAUGGGCAAGAAGCAGCUGUGCGUCUGAGUGAGCACACGCUAAAUAGUCCGAAAGAAUUCAAUGCUGUGAUUGAGGGAAGGGAUACUUCAUUGGGAGGAAAGGUGAAAGGGCAGGGAACUGGGACGAUUCUCGUGGUUACUUUAUUUGACGCAGAAGCUGAUUCAAGUGUGAAUGCCACUAUGCUGAAGGAAGGGCUUGCUAGGUUGGAGAAGAGGAGGAGAUGGGAGUCCAAGGAAAGACGACAAGCUCUAGACGAGUUGGAAACUUACCAGGCAGAAGCACGAAAGAAGAGGAUCGGAAUGUGGGAGUACGGAGAUGUCCAGUCAGAUGACGAGGACACAGCUCCACAUGUUAGAAGAAAUGCCGGGAAACGAUGAAUCAGGUUAAACUCCGGCUGCCUGAGUUCAUUUAGAUGAAAACAAUGCCGGCGGCCUAAGAAGUAAGAGUCAAGUUAUAGGCGCGGGGAUUUGCUGCUAGUGAAAUAUAAUGAAAACAAUUUGGAGGAUAAAUUUGCCUUAAAUUAGUUUUCUUUUGUUUUAUAACAAUUAAUUUUUUUAUUAUUAUUUUUUUUUUCUCCAACAUUGCUAAUGGGAGGUGAGGGGACAACUUCUAAUUUAUUUAUUUAUUUAUUUGUACAACUCUUAAUAAGGCAAGCUCUGCCAUGUCUACUUUGUGGGUAGUAGACAUUUUUUCCUCAUUUAGAAACAGAGCCAUAAGGCUUUUACGUCA